GCUACACAAUAGUGGUACCAUCUCUAUAGAGAUGAGCAAAUUUGCAAUUUUUCGUCUUAAUUUUCGCAGCACAAAAGCCACAAAUAAUCAGCAACGAAUCGAGAUAAAUGGAAGCUAUAGUCGGGCUUCGAUUUGAGUAAAUCAGGGGCGAAAAACUAGCCGCAAAGAAGUCACCUGGGCGAGGAGAAUUGCUCAUCUCUAUUACAAAUACGAAAAUGAAAUUGCGUGCAUUCUAAAUGCCACAUGGGAACCAUGACCAAGGACUACGACUAUUUGCUGAAGGUUCUGCUGGUGGGCGACAGCGAUGUGGGCAAGCACGAGAUCCUCUCGAACCUCGAGGACCCCUCCACAGAGAGUCCCUUUUGCAGCGGGAACGACUGCACCUCCCAUAUCCUCCAAACGGUAGCCUACAAGACAACCACCAUCCUGCUGGAGGGCAAACGGGUGAAGCUGCAGUUGUGGGACACCUCUGGCCAAGGGCGCUUCUGCACAAUCAUCCGCUCCUAUUCGCGCGGCGCCCAGGGCAUCAUCCUCGUCUACGACAUCACCAACAAGUGGAGCUUCGACGGCAUCGAUCGCUGGCUCAAGGAGGUCGACGAGCAUGCUCCCGGCAUCCCGAAGGUGCUGGUGGGAAAUCGCCUGCAUUUGGCCUUCAAGCGACAGGUGGCGGCCAAACAGGCCGAGACCUACGCCAGCCGCAACAACAUGUCCUGCUUCGAGAUAUCGCCUCUCUGCGACUUCAACAUCCGCGAGUCCUUCUGCGAAUUGGCGCGCAUGGCGUUGCACCGCAAUGGAAUGGAGCACAUUUGGCGCAGCAAUAAGGUGCUGUCCCUGCAGGAGCUGUGCUGCAGGACGAUCGUGCGGAGGACGAGCGUGUAUGCGAUCGACUCGCUGCCGCUGCCGCCGUCGGUGAAGUCAACGCUCAAGUCAUACGCGCUGACCACCUCGCAGUGCUUCAACUCGCUGACCCAGAGCUCCAAGAGCAAGAACCGCUGCAAGACGCCGACGAGCGGCAGCCGGAAUAGCUGUGCGAUCGCGUGAUCGUUGCCUUGUAGGCCGCCGCCGAGCCGCCUACGUCGCCACGCCCCCCAACCGACAUUAACUUUAAUUGAGCUCUACUUAUGUACUCUAGGCUAACACACAUACACACACAAACACACACCACAAAUCACACACCAAACACCAAACUCACCCACAUUGAAGCCCCACCCCUUUGGUUAUUUUAUUUUAUUUGUUUCAUUGACAUUGAUAUUUGUGGCCAACAAUGUUUACUUUUUACACAGUAAAGCUUAAAUUUAUUUAAUUCUUAACACACACCUCCGCCCCCACCCCAAAUUCCUUGUCCCCUACUUCUCUCUUUUGCAUUACUCUAAUGUUGUUAAUAUUAUUAUGUUUGUAUAAUUCUAAUAUUUAAAGCAUCAAACACAUCAACAUAACAAAAAGAAAAAGAUAAAAAAAAAAAACAGCAAUUGAAAAUCGAUUUUUAUAUGGAUAAAAAUUAAAAUUUUUUUUGUUUGUUUACCAUCGGCUUAAAAUAUUCUUAGAGAUGUAUUGUAAUUGAGGAUAAUUCAGCAAGAGAAGCACACACAAAUGCGAAUUGAUAAAGAUAAUUCAUAAUGAAAAACUAGAAAA